AUGCAUGGGAAUGGAGGUGGUAGUUGGCAUGGAGGCUGCAAUGGAGGCGGGGACGGCGGCGGCGAUAUGCAUGGGAAUGGAGGUGGUAACUGGCAUGGAGGCAUAGGUGGAGGCAAUGGCUGGGAUGGGCAAGUGUGUGGAAUUGGCGGCGGCAAUGAAGGUGGAGGCUGUGGUAUGCAUGAAGGCGGGGACAUACAAGGCUGGGGUGAAGGGCAAGGGCACAAAGGCGUGGACGGGCAUGGGCAUGGACAUGGACAUGUGGACGGGCAUGGGCAUGGACAUGGCGACGGCGGUGGGCAUGGUGGGCAAGGUGGCAGGCAUGGGCAUGGAGGUGGUGCUGGACAUGGAGGCGGCAAGGGAAGUGGAGGCGGUGCCGGACAUGGAGGCCGAGGUAUACAACAUACCAAAGUAUAA